GAUGUUGUCCACUGGGCAUGUACUGACCAAUGUGGCAGGUCUGAGAACAUAGCUGAAGCUGAAAAUAGGAAAGCUGGGGGCAAGCAAGAGCCUUGAAUCUUGAGGUGGGACGUUGACUCUAAGAUGUCCUUGAGCAGUGGAGCCUCCGGAGGGAAAGGAGUGGAUGCAAACCCGGUUGAGACAUACGACAGUGGGGAUGAAUGGGACAUUGGAGUAGGGAAUCUCAUCAUUGACCUGGACGCCGAUCUGGAAAAGGACCAGCAGAAACUGGAAAUGUCAGGCUCAAAGGAGGUGGGGAUACCGGCUCCCAAUGCUGUGGCCACACUACCAGACAACAUCAAGUUUGUGACCCCAGUGCCGGGUCCUCAAGGGAAGGAAGGAAAAUCAAAAUCCAAAAGGAAUAAGAGUGGCAAAGACACUAGCAAACCCACUCCAGGGACUUCCCUGUUCACUCCAAGUGAGGGGGCAGCUAGCAAGAAAGAGGUGCAGGGGCGCUCAGGAGAUGGUGCCAAUGCAGGAGGCCUGGUUGCUGCUAUUGUUCCCAAGGGCUCAGAGAAGGCGGCUAAGGCAUCCCGCAGUGUAGCCGGCUCCAAAAAGGAAAAGGAGAACAGCUCGUCUAAGAGCAAGAAGGAGAGAAGCGAAGGAGUGGGGACUUGUUCAGAAAAGGAUCCUGGGGUCCUCCAGCCAGUUCCCUUGGGAGGACGGGGUGGUCAGUAUGAUGGAAGUGCAGGGGUGGAUACAGGAGCUGUGGAGCCACUUGGGAGUAUAGCUAUUGAGCCUGGGGCAGCGCUCAAUCCUUUGGGAGCUAAACCGGAGCCAGAGGAAGGGGAGAAUGAGUGUCGCCCGCUAAAGAAAGUCAAGUCUGAAAAGAUGGAGUCCCCUGUCUCCACACCAGCGGUGCUGCCACUGCACCUUUUGGUGCCAGUGGUCAAUAAUGACAUCUCAUCUCCCUGUGAGCAGAUCAUGGUUCGUACCCGAUCAGUUGGGGUCAACACAUGUGAUGUGGCUCUAGCCACAGAGCCUGAGUGCCUGGGCCCAUGUGAACCUGGAACCAGUGUCAACCUCGAAGGCAUCGUGUGGCAGGAAACAGAAGAUGGGAUGUUAGUGGUCAAUGUAACAUGGAGGAACAAGACGUAUGUAGGUACACUUCUUGACUGCACACGGCAUGAUUGGGCACCCCCAAGGUUCUGUGACUCCCCUACCAGUGACUUGGAAAUGCGUAAUGGUCGGGGCAGAGGCAAACGCAUGCGUCCCAACAGUAACACGCCUGUCAACGAGACAUCCACAGCCUCCGACAGCAAAGGAACCAGCAGUAGCAGCAAAACCCGGGCGGGGGCCAAUAGCAAAGGUCGUCGGGGCAGCCAGAAUUCUUCAGAGCAUCGCCCACCUGCCAGCAGCACCUCUGAGGAUGUCAAAGCCAGCCCUUCCUCAGCUAACAAGCGGAAAAACAAACCCCUUUCAGACAUGGAGCUGAAUUCUAGCUCGGAGGACUCCAAAGGGAGCAAACGUGUCCGUACGAAUUCUAUGGGCUCAGCCACUGGCCCCCUUCCUGGGACCAAGGUGGAACCCACUGUUCUGGACAGAAAUUGUCCCUCCCCAGUCCUGAUUGACUGUCCCCACCCAAACUGCAACAAGAAGUACAAGCACAUCAAUGGACUUAAGUACCACCAAGCUCAUGCCCAUACAGAUGAUGACAGCAAGCCAGAAGCAGACGGAGAUAGUGAGUAUGGAGAGGAGCCCACCCUCCAUGCAGACCUCGGGAGCUGCAACGGUGCCUCUGUCGCACAGAAAGGUUCCUUGUCCCCUGCCCGCUCAGCUACCCCCAAAGUUCGCCUUGUAGAACCCCAUAGCCCUUCUCCUUCGAGCAAAUUCAGCACAAAAGGCCUCUGUAAGAAAAAGUUGAGUGGGGAAGGGGACACAGAUCUUGGGGCCUUAUCCAAUGAUGGCUCUGAUGAUGGACCCUCAGUAAUGGAUGAAACAAGCAAUGAUGCCUUUGAUUCUUUGGAAAGGAAAUGUAUGGAAAAAGAAAAAUGUAAAAAACCCUCUAGUUUGAAAGCUGAAAAGAUUCCUUCUAAGAGCUUAAAGUCAGCCCGGCCCAUUGCCCCUGCCAUCCCCCCACAGCAAAUCUACACCUUCCAGACAGCCACCUUCACGGCAGCAAGCCCAGGCUCCUCCUCGGGCUUGACCACCACAGUGGUCCAAGCCAUGCCCAACAGUCCCCAGCUCAAGCCCAUUCAGCCCAAGCCCACUGUUAUGGGAGAACCUUUCACAGUCAACCCUGCCUUGACUCCAGCCAAGGACAAGAAAAAGAAAGACAAAAAAAAGAAAGAAUCUUCCAAGGAACUUGAAAGUCCUCUGACCCCUGGGAAGGUGUGUCGGGCAGAAGAAGGCAAAAGCCCGUUCAGGGAAUCAUCAGGAGAUGGGAUGAAAAUGGAGGGGCUCCUAAAUGGCUCAUCAGACCCCCACCAGAGCCGACUGGCCAGCAUCAAGGCUGAAGCUGACAAGAUCUACAGCUUCACUGACAACGCCCCCAGCCCUUCUAUUGGAGGCAGUAGCCGCCUAGAUAGCACCACCCCGACCCAGCCCCUGACUCCCUUACAUGUGGUGACCCAGAAUGGAGCUGAAGCUAGCUCAGUCAAAACCAACAGCCCUGCGUACUCUGACAUCUCUGAUGCUGGGGAGGACGGGGAGGGCAAGGUGGACAGUGUCAAAGCAAAGGACCCUGAACAGUUGGUUAAGGAAGGGGCUAAGAAAACUCUUUUCCCCCCUCAGCCACAGAGCAAAGACUCGCCGUACUACCAAGGCUUCGAGAGUUACUACUCUCCAAGUUACGCUCAGUCCAGCCCAGGGGCUCUGAACCCCAGCAGCCAGGCAGGGCUGGAGAGCCAGGCCCUGAAGACGAAAAAGGACGAGGAGCCGGAGAGCAUGGAGGGGAAAGUGAAGAACGACAUCUGUGAGGAGAAGAAACCCGAGCUGAGCAGUUCCGGCCAGCAGCCUUCCGUCAUCCAGCCGCGUCCCAACGUGUACAUGCAGUCGCUGUACUACAACCAGUACGCCUACGUGCCGCCCUACGGCUACAGCGACCAGAGUUACCACACCCACCUCCUGAGCACCAACACAGCGUACCGGCAGCAGUACGAAGAGCAGCAGAAACGGCAGAGCUUAGAGCAGCAGCCACGGGGCCUGGACAAGAAGGCAGAGAUGGGCCUGAAGGAGCGGGAGGCAGCGCUCAAGGAGGAAUGGAAGCAAAAGCCGUCAAUUCCACCCACUCUCACCAAAGCCCCCAGCCUGACAGACCUCGUGAAGUCAGGGCCCGGCAAGGCCAAGGAGCCAGGGGCUGACACUGCCAAAUCCGUCAUCAUUCCCAAGUUAGAUGACUCUUCAAAACUCCCCAGCCAGGCCCCUGAAGGCCUUAAAGUGAAGCUGAGUGAGGCCAGCCACCUAGGCAAGGAGGCCUCUGAGGCCAAGACGGGCCCUGAGUGUGGCCGACAGGCAGAGGUGGAUCCAAUACUCUGGUACCGACAGCUCACUGCAGCAGAGCUUUCUCUACCCCUCCCGUCUAAGUGCUUGAUUUCUCCUUCCCCAGGUUCCUACUUGCCUUCCAGCUACUCUUUCUCCCCAUAUGGCAGCAAGGUCUCGGGUGGUGAGGAUGCUGACAAGGCACGAGCCAGCCCCAGUGUCAGUUGUAAAUCCAGCUCAGAGUCCAAAGCCUUGGACAUCUUGCAGCAGCACGCCAGUCACUACAAGAGCAAGUCUCCCACGAUAAGUGAUAAAACUUCUCAGGAGAGAGAUCGGGGAGGCUGUGGGGUGGUUGGGGGUGGUGGCAGCUGUAGCAGCGUUGGGGGAGCAGGAGGGGGUGAACGGAGUGUCGACCGGCCCCGCACCUCCCCUUCCCAGCGCCUGAUGUCUACACACCACCACCACCACCACUUGGGGUACUCAUUGCUCCCGGCACAGUACAACUUACCCUACGCAGCAGGGCUCUCUUCCACAGCCAUUGUUGCCAGCCAGCAAGGCGCACCUCCUUCCCUCUACCCACCCCCCAGGAGGUGAGAAUGAAUACCAAGUGCCCGGAUAAAGUCAGCUUCACGGGCCCAGACUGGCUCGCCCAAGGAGGUGCUGGAGGUGCCAUUUAGACAUCAGUUAAAUGGUGUUGACCAUCCUGUUUGCCGUUCCCACCACAACCGAAGGCAGACCCUCGGCUAUCGCGCCUCCGCCAGACCUCUGGACUCCCUGACCCUCCCUCUUCCGCAGGAGCUGGAGAGCUGGUACUUAGCAAAAAUAUUUAUUCUCUUGGCCACAGUCAUGACUGUUGUGGCCUCUGUGGAGAUGAAGGCACGGGGAGAAACUAGGGGAACAUGGCCUCAGCCCAGAGAAGUCACCGCUCUGUUCCCCAAGCCCCUGGUCUGCUGCUGGAGCAGUACCAACCCAACCCCCAGGGAGGGCCCCCCACAUACUGGGUAAGGUCUGAAGACAGCACAGCAGCCAUGCCCCUCUCACCAUCAUUACACCGUCACCAGACUCUGCGUCUCCCCAGUGGUUUGCACCCUGGGAACUGGCAGCACGUGAGGAAUUAGAAUCUCAGGAAAGAAAUCGGGGGCCGUUUUCUACGUAAGUGUGAAAACAAGGUCUUCAAACGUGGAGACUUCUCCCCUUUUACAUGAGCACAUAUAAACGCUCAGAGCCUAGCCUGCAAGGGAAGACCAAGGCAUUUGCCCCACCAUGGCCUUGUGCUGCCUGUCAGGCAGAGGGCAGGGGUUCCAGCACCAGCACAGGGCUCCCAGGGACGCCGGGAGGCAGCUGGAGCUGGAGCAUGAAUGGAGUCUGUGAAGUAGAACCUGCAUCCCACUAAGUCCUGCUGCUUCUUAUCCCCCAACUCCUUGCCCUUUUCUCUUCCCUCCUGACCCCUUGGUGCCUUUCCUAGGGGGUUCCCCACACUGGUCUCACCUCUUUUUCACUGCUUGGCUCUUAAGACUCAGGCAGAUAAAGUAGUAUUCCCCGAGCAUGGGGAGCCUGCCAGGUCACCUUAGGGCAAGGCCCAGAAGGCAGGCCCCAGGAGCACCCAGCAGUUCUUGGAGAUGU